GAGAAUCACUGUAUUAGCCUUCUCUGCAGCUCUUUGAUUUCUCAGGGAAAGGUCAAAGAUUUAAUCCAGGUAGACAUAAAUUUCACCUGAGAUCAUGUAGCAUUUCACAUUCCUCCUUAAGAAAUAUUCUGAAGAGCAAAAAAUGGACUUUGAUGAGAAGAAAGGUAAAAACCACAAAGUUUCUAUAGCAUUAUUAGCACCAUAAUUAUUCUGGCUGGAGCGAUAGCACUCAUCAUCGGCUUUGGUAUUUCAGGGAGACGUUCCAUCACAGUCACUACUCUUACCUCAGCUGGGAACAUCGGGGAGGACGGAAUCCUGAGCUGCACUUUUGAACCUGACAUCAAACUUUCGGAUAUUAUGAUACAGUGGCUGAAGGAAGGUGUUAUGGGCUUGGUCCAUGAGUUCAAAGCAGGCAAAGAUGACCUGUCACACCAGGACAAAAUGUUCAGGGGCCGGACAGCAGUGUUUACCGAUCAAGUGAUAGUUGGCAAUGCCUCUCUGAGGCUGAAAAAUGUGCAACUCACAGAUGCUGGCACCUAUAAAUGUUUUAUUAUCACUUCUAAGGGCAAGGGGAAUGCUAACUUGGAUUAUAAAACUGGAGCCUUUAGCAUACCAGAGGUGAAUGUGGACUAUAAUGCAAGUUCAGAGAGCUUGCGGUGUGAAGCUCCCAGAUGGUUCCCCCAGCCCACAGUGGUCUGGGCAUCCCAAGCUGACCGGGGAGCCAACUUCUCAGAAGUCUCCAAUACUAGCUUUGAGCUGAACUCUGAGAAUGUGACCAUGAAGGUGGUUUCCGUGCUCUAUAAUGUCACAGUCAACAACACAUACUCCUGUAUGAUUGAGAAUGACAUUGCCAAAGCCACAGGGGAUAUCAAAGUGACAGGCUCUGAGAUCAAAAGGCGGAGUCACUUACAGCUGCUGAACUCAAAGGCUUCCCUAUGUGUCUCCUCUCUCUGUGCCAUCAACUGGGUACUUCUGCCUCUCUCACCUUACCUGAUGCUAAAAUAAUGUGUCCUGGCCACAAAAAAACAUGCCAAGUCAUUGGUACAAUAGAAAUCUUCAGAAUUAUUUUACCAUGAGAUAUGACCUAGUUUGUCCUUUUGGGGAGAAAUGAAUUCAUGUCUGGCAGUCUGGAGUAAACAAACUAGA